UUGAGAAGGAUGAUGAUGAUAACUUUCACAUUGAUUUUGUGACUGCCGCAAGUAAUCUUCGCGCGUCAAACUAUGACAUUCCGACGCAAGACCGGAUGAAGGUCAAGUUGGUUGCGGGAAAAAUCAUUCCAGCCAUUGCAACAACGACAUCUGCGGUGACAGGCCUUGCCCUUAUUGAGUACUUUAAGGCUCUUCAAGGAAAUGACAUCUCGUGUCUUCGCAACGGAAUGAUUGAUGUUGGCACAAACAAUUACGUCCUUUUUGAGCGUGACGCCCCCAUUAAGAACCGAACCAAAAUUGUCAGCACAUACCUCCCAGAACAGGACUACACGUACAAGAAGAAGCUUAUCCGUGUGCCAGAUGGCUUCACGAAGUAUGACUCGAUUGAUGUUCCCAUUACGAUACACACGACCGUGCAGCAAUUUGCCACAAUGCUGGAGAAUCAACUGAAUGCCUUCCUACCAGCAGGCACAGAGGGGUCGUGUGAGAUCGUUGGUAUUGGUGUUGGCCACGGCAUGUUGUGGAACGGGUCGAAGAAACACGCAAACACAAACCUUUCGCUGAUGCAAUUGAUUGAGCAACAGAAGAUGACAGAGGCGGGCGGAAAACUCUCGCAGCCAUUUUGGCAGAACCGCACACAGUUUUGCGAGCUUUCCGUAACGGUAUCGUUGGAUGACGGGGACACAAGUGUGGAUGAGGCCGAUGUUGAGACGGCCAUGAUCCGUCUCCGCAUCACUCAAUAA